AUGUCCCCUGUAUCCCGUCUCCCCCGCCAUUUCCCACGAAUCCACCCCAUUCUUCCAGCCAGCUGCAAUCCCCGCAGCUAUUCUAAAGCCCCAAAACUCAACAAAUUCGUUCAAAUCUCGGAGGAGGUACGUGGGGCACUAACAUCAAAGACCCCCGUCGUAGCAUUAGAGACAGCCAUCUACACACAUGGCUUCCCAUACCCAGACAACGUGGACCUAGCCAUCAAAGUUGAAGCCGCCAUACGCGAGGGCGGUGCUGUUCCCGCAACCAUCGGGAUCCUAGACGGGAUCGCCCGUGUGGGAUUUUCCCAGCCGGAACUAGAGUGCCUAGCGUCUACCGCGGGACAGAAGACCACUGUUAAAGUGUCUCGUCGAGAUCUGCCGUUUGUCGUGGGGAUGAGACAUAAAACGGCGUACAACGGCGGGACAACGAUUGCGGGGACUAUGCUACUCGCCCAUAUGGCGGGUAUUAAAGUAUUUGCGACGGGAGGGCUGGGGGGAGUGCAUAGGGGGUAUCCAAACCCAAUGGAUGUAUCUGCGGACUUGAUGGAGUUGGGGAGGACAAAUGUUGCGGUUAUUUCUGCUGGCUCAAAGGCUUUCUUGGACUUGGAGAACACCUUUGAGGUAUUAGAGACCCAGGGGGUAUUUGUCGGUACAUUUGGUAGGGCCGGGACCAAGGUCAUGGUUCCGGCCUUCUACAGCCGGGAGAGUCACAUCAUCAGUCCGAAUAUCCUGGAGAGUCCCGGGGACGCUGCUGGCCUAACAAUGACGCCAGACGCAAGCCAUGCGAUGGGCUUAUCCUCCGGUCAACUAUUCUGCAACCCUAUCCCCGAAGAAUCCGAAAUUCCGGAAAAGGACAUCAACAAGGUUAUUUCCGAGGCUGUGGAAAAAGCUCGCCAUGAAGGGGUCUUCGGAAAAGACCAGACGCCCUACAUCCUUAACGAAAUCAAGGAAGUCACAAAGGGCGCCUCGCUACCCGCGAAUAUAGCACUCGUCCUGAAUAACGCGAGAAUGGGGACCCAGGUGGCGCAGGAACUUGUGAGAUUUGAAAAAGGAGAAGAAGGACCUCUCCCCUCUGUUGCUUCCACUUCAAAUUUCAUACCGCCGGUGACUCCCCCUCCAGCUCUUCCGCCUACUGCCGUCGAUCAGUCACCCACCACCAUCACAGUCCCAGAAAUCCUAGUAAUUGGCAGCCUAGCGAUUGAUCAAACCCUCAAAACCACCACCAAGCUCCCUCAACUGCACACCUCCAACCCGGUAGCAACAACCGAAACCCUUGGCGGCGUCGGCAAGAACGUCGCCCUGGCAGCACACCUCGCCGGCGCAAACGCCCGCCUGGUAUCCGCCGUUGGCAAAGACCUAGCCGGGACCUGGGCUCUUGAGAGACUCCAAGCGUUAGGCAUGGACAUUAGUGGCGUGAAGAAGAUUGAUGGCGGGGUCACGGCGAGGUACGUCGCGAUUAAUAAUUCCUCUGGGGAACUAUUCGUCGCGGGGGCGGAUAUGCGUGUUUUUGAAAGCGCGGAGAUGGGCACUUUGGCUCGGGGGGCGAUAGCCAAGGGUGUGAAGGUCGUCUGUGUUGACGGGAAUUUGUCAGUGGAGGGAUUGGCGGGGGUGGUUAGGGCUGCUGCUGGGCUUGAUAUCCCAUUAGCAUUCGAACCAACCUCACCUUCAAAAUCCACCCGCAUCCUCUCCCCCACUCUCCCAAUAUACCCAUCUACCUCCACGGUAUCACUGACAACUCCAAACACCCACGAACUAACAGCCAUGUUCGCCCACGCUCGCGAAAUCGGGAUGUUCGAGCGGGAGGACUGGUGGCGUGUCGUAUGUGACAUCAAUAUCGAUUCGAUAUAUUUUAAUACCCAACUCCCCACUCGCUUGAGCACAAACCUGCUGGAAGGUGGGAUAAUUCAGUCUGCGGUGCACCUGUCGCCGUACUUCUCCGGUAUCAUGGUUAAGCUCGGCGUGGACGGGGUUGUGCUUGUGCAGCUUCUUCCUCUAGCGACUUCUUUCACCUCCGCAGCCCUACCUCCCGGAACAAUUGCCUCCCAGGGCGCGGGUUCUGUGGCAGGAGUUAUGGUAAGGCAUUUCCCGGCAGAGGUGAUAUCGCAGGAGAAUAUCAUCAGUGUUAAUGGUGUGGGUGACACGUAUUUGGGUGUUGUGUUGGCGGGCUUGGUGAAGAUGGGGAUGAACGGGGCACAUAUCGAAGAGGUCAUUGGGAGGGCGCAGAAGGCGGCGGGGCUGACGCUGAUGAGUCCUGAGAGCGUUAGCGGGAGGGUGGUUGAGGUUGGGUGGCGGUAGUACGGGGUAUCUGGAGGGUGUACUUGGGUAGAAUUUUAAGACGCGAGUGAUUUGUA